AUGGAGCGGUUGCGGGACGUGCGGGAGCGGCUGCGGGAGUGGGAGCGCGCGUUCCGGAGGCGGUGCGGGCGGCGGCCGGGCCAGGAGGACGUGGAGGCGGCGCCGGAGGAGACCCGCGCGCUCUACCGGGAGUACCGCGCCCUGAAGGGGGCCCUGGGCGGGGCCGGCGGCGUGGGACCUCGCAGCCCCGAGCAGUCGCUUCCCGCCGCGGCGCCGCAGGCGCCGGAGCCCAGCUGCUGGGGGCCGCACUUGAAUCGUGCUGCGGCCCAGAGUCCACCCGCUCCUCUCCGCGGGACAAGCGCUGCGGGGUCUGUGCCGGACUACGGGAAGAGGCUCAAGGCCAACCUGAAGGCCACUCUGCAGGCUGGGCCAGCUCUGGGCCGCAUACCCCGACUUCCACAAAGACCUUCGUCCAAGACGCCCUCCCCAGGGCCACCAGGCGCAGGGGCUGCCCCGGUCUCUCCAGAAGUCAGUGAGGUCCCCCUCCAGCCUCGUGGGCCUCGGCUGAGGCCAGGCUGCCUCCAGCAGCUACAGGCAUCCCUGAGCCUACGACUGUGCUCUCUAGACCCUGACUGGCUACAGCGGUGUCAAAACGGGGCCCCAGAUUUCCUGGGGGCUUCCAAGGCCUGCCAGCCUAACCUGGGUGUGGAGGACUCACAACCUCUGGCUUCAGGUGUCCCGCCUGUCCUUGGUCCCGGCCCUGGCCCUGAGACUCAAGCCCUACAGACAGCCAGAGUCCAUGCAGAGAGCCCCCAACCUGGCAACAGUCAAGACAAGAAGUGGACGUGGAAUGGGGAACCAGAAGGGAGUCCUGCACAGGCCCAGCAGGACAGCAGUCACGCGGGACCGCUGCCGGAGGAAGUUGGGGCUCCAGAACACGCAGAAGCCUGCCCAGCAGAACCCGUGGGGGCACAGCCCCCCAGUGGCCCCACAGCCACCGGGUACCACAGCUUCAGCUCCCGGUAGGGUCACCUUGACACGGGCUACGGUGGGGCGGCUUUGGCCAUCGCCUGUCUGUACCUCCUUUCUAGGCCAGCUGUCCAGAGCGGAGGUAAUUUCGUGAGGCUCAACAUGAAGCAGAAACGCUACGUGCGGGGCCCGGCGCUCCGCGGCAGGCUGCUGCGAAAGCAGAUGUGGAAGCAGAAGUGGCAGAAGAAGGGGGAGUGUUUUGGAGGUGGUCAGCCCAGAGCCACAGCCAAGAAUUCUUGCUUCCGGUGUGGACAGCUGGGCCACUGGUCAUCCCAGUGCCCCCAGUCAAGUGGAACUUCUACUCUGGAGCCUGCUCAGGGUCCCCCGGAGAGCCGUGAGGAUCGAGACGACGCCACAGACGGGGCGGUGCAGAGGACGGGCACUGCCGGCUGCCAGCAACCCGUGAGUGAGAAGGACCCGGAGCCUGCUGGGCCUGAGCUGUUGGGGACUGUGGAGCAGCCUGUGCCCUGGGCACCCUGCCGGCCCCGCCCGGUGCCACCGCUCUACCCACCGGGGCCCUCGGGACAAGUGGCAGAGACACCGGCUGAGGUGUUCCAGGCCCUAGAGCAGCUGGGGCACCAAGCCUUCCGCCCUGGGCAGGAGCGUGUGAUCAUGCAGGUCCUUUCUGGCAUGUCCACACUGCUGGUGUCGCCCACUGGCUCCGGCAAGUCCCUGUGCUAUCAGCUUCCUGCGCUGCUCUACGCCCGGCGAAGCCCCUGCCUCACGCUGGUCGUGUCUCCCCUCCUGUCUCUCAUGGAUGACCAGGUGUCUGGCCUGCCCCCGUGCCUGAAGGUGGCCUGUAUCCAUUCGGGCAUGACCAGGAAGCAGCGUGAGUCUGCCCUGAAGAAGGUUCAGGCGGCCCAGGUGCACGUGCUGAUGCUGUCGCCCGAGGCGCUGGUUGGGGCUGGGCUGGGGCCCUCUGGCUGCCUCCCUCAGCUGCCUCCGGUUGCUUUUGCCUGUGUCGAUGAGGCCCACUGCCUUUCCCAGUGGUCCCACAACUUCCGGCCCUGCUACCUGCGUCUCUGCAAGGUGCUGCGGGAACACCUGGGUGUGCGCUGCUUCCUGGGUCUCACGGCCACGGCCACACGCAGCACCUCGAGAGAUGUGGCCCAGCAUCUAGGCGUGGCCGAGGAGCUUGUCCUCAGCGAGCCGGUCACCGUCCCUGCCAACCUGUACCUCUCUGUGUCCAUGGACAGGGACCCAGAGCAGGCUUUGGUGACAUUGCUGCAGAGUGACCGCUUUCGUGCUCUGAGCUCCGUCAUCGUCUACUGCAACAGACGUGAGGACACGGAGCGUGUCGCCGCACUGCUCCGCACCUGCCUGCGUGCGUCCCGGGACCUGGGGCCCAGAGGCCAGGUCCCUGAGGCCAUAGCCAAAGCCUACCACGCCGGCAUGUGUCACCGGGAGCGGCGGCAGGUGCAGCAGGCCUUCAUGGAUGGCCGGCUGCGGGUGGUGGUGGCCACGGUGGCCUUCGGGAUGGGGCUGGACCGGCCCGACGUGCGGGCUGUGCUGCACCUGGGGCUGCCCGCAAGCUUGGAGACCUACGUGCAGGCUGUGGGCCGGGCUGGGCGUGACGGCCAGCCAGCACAUUGCCACCUCUUCCUACAACCCCAGGGCCAGGACCUGCAGGAGCUGCGGAGACACGUGUAUGCCGACGCAGCCGACUUUCUCGCCGUGAAGAAACUGGUCCAGUGCGCGUUCCCCCCCUGCACCUGUGCCCAAGCCCAACGGCCUCCAGAGAGGGACGGAGCGGGGAGCCAGAAGACACCUGUGGCCGGGUCCCUGAGGGAGGCUGAGCAGCCUGGCAGCCAGCGUGCAGCCCGGUGCCCAGGCCACCAGCGGGCACUUCCGGUACAGCCGCUGGUGCAGGCCCUGGACCUGCCCGAGGAGGCCAUUGAGACCCUGCUGUGCUACCUGGAGCUACAUCCACGACGCUGGCUGGAGCUGCUGGGACCCACCUACGCCCGGUGCCACCUGCGCUGCCCUGGGGGUGCCCCCCAGCUCCUGGCCCUGGCCCACAGGUGUCCCCUCCUGGCUGUGUGUUUGGCCCAGCAGCCGCCGGAGAACACCGGCGGGGGAGGCUGUUCCGUGGAGUUUGACGUCGUGAAGCUGGCGGACUCGGCGGGCUGGAAGCUGGCGUCAGCACAGCGGGCUCUGCGUCAGCUGCGGUGGGAGCCCGAGCCCACGACAGGUGCGCGUCGGGACACGGGGGUGCUGGUGGAGUUCCGGGAGCUCGCCUUCUGUCUGCGCAGUCCUGGAGACCUGACCGCCCCCGAGAGGGACCAGAUCUGUGACUUCCUGUACGGCCACAUACAAGCUCGGGAGCGGGAGGCCCUGGCCGGCCUGCGCCGCACCUUCCGGGCCUUUCACAGCGUGGCCUUCCCCAGCUGCGGGCCCUGCUUGGAGCAGCCCAGCGAAGAGCACAGCGCCAGGCUCAAGGCCCUGCUCGGCCGCUACUUCAAGGAAGAGAGUCCCGGGGACACGGAAGACGAUCGGGACCCGGAGCCAGGACAGGCAGGGAUCCAGGACUGGGAGGACCAGGUUCGCCGGGACGUGCGCCACCUUCUGUCCUCGUGGCCGGAGAAGCAGUUCUCAGGCAGGGCUGUGGCCCGCAUCUUCCACGGCAUCGGAAGCCCCCGCUUCCCAGCGCAGGUGUAUGGGCGGGACCGGCGCUUCUGGAGGAGACACCUGUGCCUGAGCUUCCCCGCCCUGAUGCGCUUGGCCACAGAGGAGAUCCUGCGCUGGGGCCACUGACCGCUGGGCUGUGGGCCGGCCCUGCUCCCCCACCUCAGACGCCAAGACAGCCUGUGGCCUGGCCACGGUGUGGAGGGGGUCAGGUGUGGCUGUGCGUCAGGAGACAGGGACCUUGGUGGCCACGACAAUGACUACCCUGGGGGAAACCCACCAUCAGAAGUGCAAGGGCAAGGAGGCCCCAAAAUGGAGAAUAAAAAAUGCUC